AUGGAAUUCCCAUAUAAAGCUACAAUCUCCAACAUCGUGGUUACUCACUCACUGUCGUAGUAGUAAGCGGCGAAACUGAGAUCACAGAUGGCGAAAACGACGUUGUUGUUGCUCUGUACGCUGCUCCUCUUCGGAUCCCUAGCUCUCACCCAGGCGAAGAAAUCAAAGGAGGAAUUGAAGGAAGUGACCAACAAGGUUUUCUUUGAUGUUGAGAUCGAUGGAAAAGCUGCAGGUCGUAUUGUAAUCGGUCUUUACGGGAAGGCAGUUCCAAAAACUGCAGAAAACUUCCGAGCUCUUUGCACAGGGGAAAAGGGAACUGGUAAAAAUGGAAAGCCUCUCCAUUACAAAGGUAGUACAUUCCACAGAAUUAUUCCUAGCUUUAUGAUCCAAGGAGGUGAUUUUACACAUGGCAAUGGAAUGGGCGGAGAAUCAAUUUACGGAGAGAAGUUUGCUGAUGAGAACUUCAAGUUAAAGCAUACUGGACCAGGGAUUCUGUCAAUGGCAAACGCAGGUCCUGAUACCAACGGUUCACAAUUUUUCAUCACAACUGUGACAACAAGCUGGUUGGACGGAAGGCAUGUUGUUUUUGGUAAAGUUCUUUCUGGAAUGGAUGUUGUUUACAAGGUUGAAGCUGAAGGAAGGCAAAGUGGCACUCCCAAGAGCAAGGUUGUGAUUGCUGACAGCGGUGAACUUCCUCUAUAAAAUGUACACGUCAAUCUCAACCAGGACUUGUUGAUGCUAUUUCCAGUUUUUUAUUCUCUGUACCGACCACUUAACUUUUCAUAAGCAUCUCCUAGUAGGUUUAUGGUUAUUUCUGUGUUUGUGGAAAUUAGUACAUCAAGUUUUCUCUUUAACUAUAAAA